AUGGUUAGACAACGCAGGAACACAAGCGAGGACGAAAACAACAUGCCGCAAUGGGCGAUCAGACUAAUUGAGAGAUUUGACAGAGGACACGAACUCAGACUCACAGUGGGAAAAGUACGCACACAACAGUUUCACGAUUCUUUCUUGGUACGUAUCAUCAGAACAUGGAACGCCCUCCCUGAGAAUGCUGUCAAAACUACAUCUGUAUUCGUAUUCAACAGAGAAGAUAUUGAUUAUACUCUAUUCGAUGAAUUCAAUCAAUAUUACAACAGAAUGACGAUGUGCUGCUGCAAAAAAAAUUUUGCAUCUAUUUUCAUUUUUAUCUUUCUUCUAUUCAAGUGUUCUCAAAAUCACGCUUAUGACUAAACAUUAUCACUCUCUAUUUAUUCAUCAUCUUUUUUCCAAAAAUAUCAAUAUAUUCAGAGUUUUAUCUCUAUGCAUUACCAUAAAUGGCGAAUUUAUUUUUCCUAGAUCUUGGUGUUCUAUUGAAAAUCAUGUUUUAUCGGGUCACGUCAGCUAGCCUUUACCCGCAGGCUCGCUGGCAUUCAAAAAAUGGGAUAUUAUACAUUUUCAAAAGGCC